AUGGAUGCCAGCUGGCUUUUCUCAAUUGAAAAAAUGCCGAUUUAUGAAAAUGUAGAUAAGAUUUUCUUGACCGGAGACUCAGAAUCAGCAGAGGCGAAGGAUUUCGAGUCUUUUAUAACUCGUUACCCAAAUUUGAAUUCGUUAAGAAUUCAACCAGAGAUUAUUGGAGAGCUCAGCGAAAUGAUCGACGCUCAAAAGGUUCGGUUAUCGAAUGCUGGAAAGUUUGGAACGAGUCUUUUGGAAAAAUUCGAUGGUCGACAUCUUCUGUUCUCGAAGUGGAUUGUCGAAGAGAAGCAGCUUAACGAGUUCAUUAAGAAAUGGAUGAAAGGGGAAGGAUAUCAAAGCUUGGAGACGAUCGAAGCCUACUUGAUUCUCAAUAGGAAUAUCCGAAUUGAUAACGUGGUUAAUGAAUUGGAAACAGAACGAUUCGAUCGAACAAAAAGACCGGAGCAUUUUAAUAUGGACAAUGAGUAA